AUGUCGUCUUACGACCCUGAACAGAGCCAUCGCACAGAGGAGACUCCACUACUCACCAGAUCCAAGAAUGAAACAUUAUCCGGAAAUGGUGGUUAUGCUACAGGUUUCGCCGCCUUCGGACUUGCUUGGACAAUCAUGAGCUUGCAAGCCUUCAUUCGGUGGAUUGCAUCAGAUGACUUCCACCCUGCACCCUUAAUGGAGGGUGACGACAAGCUCGCAACUUGGAGACUUGUAUGCCUUCGGCUUAUUGAAGCUACAAGCCUCGGUGUGCUCAUUGGAUUUUUCUGGUUCUGUGUUUUCAGUCCUCUCAGAGUCCCUCGAGUCGGGCCAGAUGGGAUUCGAAAGCGUCAACUGACCCUCGACGGAAGAUUUGUCAUUGGAGGCAUGAUCGCAUGGGCUUCGGAUGCGUUUCUCAAUUGCCAGCAAUACAUCUUUUCCUGGAACGCCAACAAUGUAAACAUGGGAGUCUGGACAAGGUUCAUGCCUUUCCACCGUGAGGGCGGUCCGCGGCAAUACGCCGAAAGUCUUUUAUGGGGACCUCCGAUGUAUGUUUACUUCUGCGCCGGCGUCGCUCUCAUGGCGUGUGCGGCCGUUAAACCCAUUCGACGUCGAUGGCCUUCCAUCUCAAAGAUGACCCUUGUGACGAUUAUCUGGAUUGGCGAGUUCAUUUUCGAUUUCGUGGUUGAGAAUAUCAUUAUUUGGACUUCGCACGGAUAUGGCUAUCCUAAGACUUUCGCACCGUUGACUCUCUGGGCCGGACAAACCGAGCAAUUCCCAAUCUAUGAGUCUAUUCUCGUUGCCAGCCUUGGAUCACUAUAUACACAAAUGCGGCUUUUAGCUCUAGAAGAUCCAAAUGGCCUUUCACCAGUCGAGAAGGGGCAUGAACGAUGGCCCCGCUGGUUACAAGGUACAUCUCGCACAUUCGCUGUUAUUGGUUUCUGUGCCUUUGCUACUGUGACCGUUUAUCAUCUCCCGUUGAACUGGCUAGGGGUCAUCGGAACGUCAAAAGGCUAUCUUCCGUCAUAUAUGCUUCCUGGAAGUGGAGUGGAAUCAUUAUAUCCAUGCUGA